CACUAGGAAUAAUUACCAUGUUUAUUUUGUGUUUACCUGAAUUUUUCAAAAUCCAUGAAGCUAACACUGUAAUGGUGUCGUGCAUGGAUACCUGUUCAUCAAGUAACACCACUUUUCCACUUUGUACUUUUAACAAUUCUUACAAAAGAUCAAUGCAACAAAGAAGAGAAAACCAGACUGUUUUGCUGAAGGUCAUUGUAAAUAAUUUCAAUUCCCAAAAUAUUUCAUGUAUUUGCCAGUCGUCCUGGAGGAAAAAACAGUCCCACCCUAAACAGAGAGAGUGUGAAUCCAAGAGGGAUGUGGAUGUUGAUCAUCAAGGAUCAACAGCUAAAAAAACAAAAGGCUCGCUUGAAGUGAGAACAGAAAAUGCUACUUAUUUUUAUAAAUAUUUUAAUUUCACAACGGUUUCCAAGAAAGAAGUGGAGCAUAAUACGAACUAUCUGAUGGAAAUCCACAUCAACAAUUCUAUAGUCGGAGGACGAAAUGCAGCUGACGAACAACUAAAUCGUUCUUGUCUCUUGGCAAUGAUGGAAGACCAAAAUGACUGUAUAAAUAUUUCACUGCAACUGAAUUCUUAUAUGGAAUAUCCGAUGUGUAUGACGAAGAUCACUUGGCUCACUAUGAUUCCAGUAGUUUUUGUAUUUACUGUUUCAGUUGUCAUCUACAAAAUAGUCCAAGAAAAUAAACAGAACUAUUAUAAACACAGAGUAGCAACAUCAGUUUCUCCUAUUUUAAGAAGAAAGGGUUCCAGGCAUGCAAGAAGAACUGUAUCUGCUACUAGAAUUCAUCCUUUUCCUGUGAAAACCAGCAAACAACAGAUUCCACUUCCUGCACAGACCACAAAGAUACUGCCUGUAAUUCCUGAACAAGAGCAUUGUCAUGUGGAUCAGCUGUAGGAGUUUCAGGUAUCAUCCUAUCAAAUACCAGCAGUUCUGGAUGAAAGAAGACACAUCAUACAACACAGAAGAAAGCAUCCCAAU